AUGAAUUGUCUUCUUAUCGUAACAACAUUUGUUUUAUUAAAUCUUGUUCAUCUGUCGAUGAAUCAGACAACGAACACAACUGUAACAUGUUCAUCAGGUGAAAGUCGAUGUGGUUCAAAAUGUUAUUCAAUUGAAACACAUAAAUGUAAUUCGGGUUUUAUUUGUCGUAAAGAAGAAGGUUGGUGUGGUAACAAAUGUUUUAAUCCAUCAAUACAAAAAUGUAUAUGGGGUCUUAUCUGUCUUAAAUCAGAAAUUUGGUGCAAUAAUAAAUGCCUUAAUCCAACUACACAACAAUGUCGAACAAAAAAAUUAAUCGAUAUUAUUAUGAAUUAG